UCAUAAGGAUAGCAAUUCACACCUGUGUGUUACUCAUACGUUUGUUCACAUAGCAUCAUCCAAGAAGCGGAAAUCCUCGAAUACCCUCGCCAGCCAACAAACUCUUGACGCAUUUUAUAACACACCUCGUGGCGAGGCUCUUUCAAACACACCAACUGCAAAAUCUGACUCACCUCUCAACAAGAGAACAAAGCAAUCCACCACAUUCGACUUGGAAAAUAUGUCUCAGCGCAGCGACUCUGACCAUUCUCCCGCAAAUGUCAAGCUAGGGUUUGUAACCCCGGUCACUACGCCUUCGAACGGGAAUACCUCCAACUCCAAACUGCUAUCGGGGAACUUGCGAACGAAGGCUGCCCCUAAAAAACUUAUCAUUAGGAACUUCAAAGUCAAACCCCAAUUACCACCAAACUAUGAAGACGAGACCUGGGAUAGGCUUAAGCGAGCGGUUCAUGCCAUUCAAAAUCAUGAGAAAGUGCCCGAGAGCUUGGAGACCCUCUACAAGUCGUGCGAAAACCUUUGUCACCAUAAAAUGGCCGACAGAUUAUACACUCGGCUGCGCGAAGAAUGCGAAAAACAUGUUCAGGUUGAACUUCAAAAGCUUAGCAGUAACUCCAAAACAGGCGUCUUUUUCUUGGAAACUGUCAGCCAGACUUGGGCAGAUUACUGUAAUCAAAUGAUUAUGAUACGGAGUAUCUUUUUGUACUUGGAUAGGACUUAUGUUUUGCAGUCUAGCGGUAUUUUUUCUCUAUGGGAUAUGGGCCUAGAGCUAUUUCGAAGCCAAUUAUUGCAGGAAACGUCACUACGAGACAAAAUCGUUGAAGGUUCUAUAGAUGUGAUUACGACCGAGAGAUCUGGCGAUACAAUCAACUCCUCCUUACUACAAUCGUUAAUUCGCAUAUUCAUCGACCUGUCACUAUAUCAUGAGGUGUUUGAAGAGCCGUUUCUGCGGAGGACGCAAUUGUUUUACCGGUCAGAAGGAGAAAAACUCGUUCACAGUUUGGAUAUGGCUGAAUACCUGCAACACGUUGAUCAAAGGCUGAAAGAAGAAGGGGUUGAGCGAAUCAAUGCGUACAUCGAUCCAAGUAGCAAACCAAAACUUAUCAAAUUGGUUGAGGCCGAAUUGCUGGAGCGGCAUGUCGAUACUAUCUUGGAGAAAGGAUUCCAGCCUUUGCUUGAAGACAACAGAAAAGACAUUCUGGCGCUCAUGUACCGCCUCUUGUCUCGAGUGCAUGCUUUGGAUAAACUUCGAACAUACUUCUUUGAUAGUUUAAAGAAAACGGGUGGUGCCAUCGUGACCGAUGAAUCCAGAGACUCAACCAUGGUUCAGUCCCUGCUGGCCUAUAAGCAAAAGAUAGACUCUAUCCUUGCCGAUACCUUUGAUCACAAUUCUCAGUUUGCCAAUAGCAUGAGAGAAGCUUUUGAAAGCUUUAUCAAUUCUCGGCAGAACAAGCCAGCUGAACUUAUUGCGAAAUUCGUCGACAGUAGACUACGAAGUGGCAACAAGACGGCUACAGACGAGGAAUUAGAAAGUUUGCUGGAUAGGGUUCUCAUCCUCUUCCGAUUUAUUCAUGGUAAAGAUGUUUUUGAAGCGUUUUAUAAGCGAGAUCUGGCAAAGAGACUCCUGCUAGGAAAAAGUGCGUCAAUUGAUGCCGAGAAAAGUAUGCUGUCAAAAAUGAAAACAGAAUGCGGCCCUGGUUUCACUAGCAAGUUGGAAGGCAUGUUCAAGGAUAUUGAUAUAUCUCGAGACCUUAUGUCCAAUUUCAAGUUGAAUAACUUAUUCAUUCCAUAUGAUAAGAUGGCCAACUCGCAAGAAGUGUUUAAAAAUUUUUACAUGAGUAAACAUAACGGCAGGCGACUCAUGUGGCAAAAUAACCUGGGCCACUGUGUCGUCAAGGCAACAUUUCCAAAGGGCAAGAAGGAACUAUUGGUCAGCUUAUUCCAAACUGUGGUAUUACUCCUCUUUAAUGAUCAGAAGCGGGACCAUUUAACCUACAACGAAAUUAAGGAAUUGACUAAUAUUGAGGACAAGGAACUUUCAAGAACUCUACAAUCAUUGGCAUGUGGUAACUCUAGGGUAUUGAAGAAGAAUCCACCGGGUCGAGACGUCAACUCGUCGGACACGUUCUCGUACAAUGAAACAUUCACCGCCUCCCUAUACCGCCUUAAGAUAAAUACCAUUCAGUUAAAGGAAACUGUGGAAGAGAACACGAGGACACGUGAAGGCGUAUUCCAGGACCGUCAAUAUCAGGUUGAUGCUGCGAUCGUUCGUAUUAUGAAGACCCGAAAGUCCUUAAGUCACAAUAUGCUCAUCAAUGAACUAUUCGAACAACUUCGGUUCCCAGUCAAAGCAACUGAUAUUAAAAAGCGCAUUGAGUCGCUUAUUGACAGAGAGUACAUGGAACGUGAAUCAGAGGAUAGCUCGUCGUACAGAUAUUUGGCUUAGCCUGUUCUAUACAAACUUGAUACAUUGUAAAUACGCAUGUCGUGAAAUCUUGCCGU